AUGUUCCGUGCCUUGACCUGGGUUCUUCUUCCCGCGGCGGUCGCUGCUGUCUCUGACCCGGAUUGGGAGGCCUUCAAGCAGAAGUUCCAGAAGAGCUAUUCCAACACGGAUGAGGAGUCGGCCCGCUACAAGCUCUUCAAGGCCACGCAGGAACGUGUUGAUCGCCUGAACAAGCUCAACGGGGAGCCCGCCUUCGGCAUCACCUGGAUGGCUGAUCGUCAUGAGCAAGAGAAGUACAAGAGGGGCUUCCGGAUGCCCGAGGACUUCGAACCCGUUGCGCCGGUGCGGAACUUCUCCGAUGCCACGGCCAAGGCCGUUGACUGGCGGCUCACUGAGGCCGUGACGCCCAUCAAGAAUCAAGGGCAGUGCGGGUCCUGUUGGGCAUUUAGCGCGACUGAAGCCAUCGAGUCCCAGCUUAUUCUGGGCUCGGGCGGCAAAUACGACAUUUCACUGUCGCCCCAGCAGAUCACAAGCUGCGCCUGGAGCAAAGGAAAAUUCGGCUGCUUGGGCUGCGACGGGGGCUUCACAGAGGGUGCGUAUGAAUAUCUCAAGAAGGUGCCGGGCCUUGCCAACAGCUUCUACAUCCCCUACGUGCAGAGCUUGACGGACUCUGACAAAACAGCUGCCUGCCCGCAGCAUAAGGUGGCAACCAUGGAUGGCCCCAACAAGCAGCUCACUGGUGGGUAUGCAGCCGUGACAGGCUACAGCUAUGCUGUGAAACCUUGCAUGAAGCGUGGGAGCAGCUGCAAAGACCAGGACUUGAAGGGCUUGGCAGCCGCGUUGGAGGAAUCCCCCGUCUCGGUGUGCGUAAAUUCAGAAAACUGGGACGACUACACCAGUGGUGUCAUGUCGUCUGCCGCAUGUGGUGACAUGGGCAGGGACGAUCUGGACCACUGCGUGAUGGCCGUGGGCUUUAACGCCACGGCUCCCAAACCUUAUUGGAUCGUUCGCAACAGCUGGGCCUCCACCUGGGGGAUGCAGGGCUAUAUCUACCUGGAGAUGGCCGAGAACACCUGCGGUCUCGCCGAUGACGCAACGAUCCCCCAUGUCAAGGUGGAUCUCUCGGAGACGGAGGCCAAGGAUGUCAAAGAGAAGCGCGCGGAAAUGUUCCGCCGCGCCACGAAGGACCAGAAGUGUCCGAAAAUCUUGACAGCUGCCGGUUUGGAGGUGGCCAACUUCACCUGCGAGCCGUUGGCCCCUGACGUGUCGAUGGGAGCUUUGAGCUUCGUGCAGGAAGCUUCAGAGACGCAGGCGAAGAGGCGCGUGAGGCGACUCGCCGCCCUGGCUGUGGGCGCCGAUGGCACUGCUCGAGCUCUGCAUGAGGAGGACGAGGGAGCCAGCCGUGCAGCGGCUGCCGCAUCGGCUGCGGCCCUGGCCGCCGAAGAGGCCGCGAAGGCGGCGAGCGCAGGAAACAACUCCGCGAAUCGAAAGCUAGCUCCUUCCGCGCUGAGCCUGGCCGAGGUCUCCCGAACGGAAGCAAUGAAUUCCGCGCCAUGUGAGACGAAAGCAAGAAAGUUCAAAUGUCGAGUGGACUCCAAGGGGAAAGCCACGGAGCUCCCCUUGCUGCGAGUCGGAGGCAGUGUGCAGGAAAAUCCGCACAUGCGAGCUUUCUGGGGCAGCACGAUCUCUUUCUUCCUGGCGUUCCUUGGGUGGUUUGCUUUAUCUCCGCUUAGCCUCGAGGUGGCCACAAGCAUGGGUGUGUGUGAAAACCAGGUUUACCCGCCUGCAAGCGUGCCCACAAGAGUAGCUUACUUGACCUUCAAGAAUUUACAAACCGAUUUACACUACUGCCAAUAUGGCAUUCAAGAAGUGGAUGGCAUGCCCUCGGAUUGCCACGAAGUGCCAGCAGACGCUGUUACCGUGGCAGGCAGUCCUGAGGCGCAAAAGUACCGUCCGGAGGUCCUCUCCAGCUGCGUGUGCACUCCUGGGACACAUUGUCAGCGUGUAAUCGCCAACGCCGGAGUCGCUGCGGUUUCUUCUACAAUCGUCGUGAGAGCUGCCCUAGGAACGCUUCUGGAAAGGUUUGGGCCAGUACAAGUCCAGGCUGGACUGCUAACUUUUGGGGCUGUCUGGGUAGCCAUGGCGGCAGCAAUCACAGCGCCAUGGAAUUAUAUGCUCAUCCGCUUCUUCAUCGGUUGCGCGGGUGCAACCUUCGUUACCAAUCAGUUUUGGUGCUCUUUGAUGUUUGCCCCAAAUGUGGUUGGCACUGCCAACGCUACAGCUGCCGGCUGGGGCAACUUGGGCGGUGGCGUAACACAGAUCUUCAUGAUGUCCGUACUUUUUACUCCAAUGGUCAACGCUGGCCUGGAUCACGAUACUGCGUGGAGAGUGGCAAUGCUGGUCCCCGCAGUCGUCUUCCUGCUGUGCGCCUUGGCCCUAAAGCUCUGUUGCUGGGAUACGCCGACCUCCAAGCGCUUCGAUGUGACAGUCAUAGGCAAGACGAAGAAGCCCUCGCUACGGGACUACGUAGAAGUGCUGAAGGACGUCCGUGUUCUCAUCAUGAUCUUUCAGUACUCGGCGUGUUUUGGCGCGGAGCUCGCAAUGAACAAUCAGCUUGCAACUCAUUUCCGUACCUACUUCCAGCUUGGUGCCGGCGACGCAACUCUCUUAGCCGGGUGUUUCGGCCUCAUGAACCUCUUCGCGCGGUCCUUGGGCGGAGCUUCCAGCGACCUUUGCUUCCAUCACUUUGGCUUCCGGGGCCGAAUCUGGGUACAGUUCCUAGCGCUGGUCUUCGAGGCGAUCUUCCUGUUCGCUUUUGGGAUGGUGGACCACUCCCAGCCGUGGUAUGUGGCCUUGGCUGUGUUGGUGUGUUUCUCGUUGUUUGUGCAGAUGGCUGAGGGCACAAGCUACGGAAUUGUCCCAUUCAUGAAGCCAGAUCAGCUUGCAGUGGUGUCAGCUGUGGUGGGAGCUGGCGGCAACCUCGGCGCCGUCAUUGCAGGAGUUGGCUUCUAUCAGCCCAUUCACGACGCUCUGCUUCCUUUCCGAGUUCAUGCGGGCUACGUCCUGUUUUGGGCACUCUUGAGUCCUCUUUAUUAUUGGCCCGACAAGGGAGGCAUGUUCCAAGCGCCGAAGGCCUUGCCAAAGGGAUCGAAGUCCAGUGAACCAGGCUCUGUCGAGACUGUGUCCACCCCUUCAGAGGUGAUCGGAGCAGUUGUGCCCAUUGGCGCCGUUGACAAUCGGUCCCCUUCGAAAAGCGCGCCACGUGGAGGGUUGUGCAUGCACCCCAUCGGACUUGUCGUCCUCGCAGACGACCAGUUUCAGAAGCAGUAUGGGGCUCAGAUCCAAAGUCUCCGAUGCUACGCCCAGCAGCAGGGCUACGACCUCUGGCUUCUCAACGGGAGUGCCUUUCCCAAGUGCAUCGCGUUCCGCGGCGACUUCUUCUACCUGAAGCAUUGUGUGGUUGCCGAGUUCCUGGAAACUCAGGCAGAGGGGUACACAGCUGUCGUCCUAGAUGCCGAUGUCUGCGCUGUUGCGCUGGAGAGGGGCCUCGAUGAUUGGAUGCGAGGCAACAGCCUCAAACCCUUAGGGUUUAGGGUUCAGGGUUUAGGGUUUAGGGUUUAG